GAAAAGUGAACUAAUCCUUUAAGGUGAUAUGAAAAUGAUUAAUGUCAUGAAUGAACUACACCAGUGGUUACACAAGACAUUUGGCUGUAUUAAUUUGUAUUGUGUAAUGCAAUAAACCUCCUUUAUAAGAUACAUUCAUACAGACACUUGUGUAAGCAUGGCUUUGUUGUUUUAACCUUUAUGAUGUAACCACGCCCCUUCCGCCUGACACGCUAUAAAGCCCGCGGAUGCCCCGCCCCUUGUCAGUCUAGAAGCGAAUGUGGAGUGCAAUGGACUACUGCGUCUAAUAGCCAAAGAUCCGGUGGACCGAGGCGAAUGGACGCAUUUCUCCCAUCAUUCACGCACAGAUUUCUUGAUUGUUUUGCGCAUCGAUUGCGUUCAAAAUGCCUUUUCCGCCGAUAAACCUGCACUCACGGAUAUCAUCGCCAAGAAAGGAGCUGUUCAGGAGAAAGAAGAGCAGGGACAAUGUCGCACCUCCUCAGCCCACGUACAGUCAAAGGACAGGAGACGACAAGGAAUCGGAGAAAGACAAAAUAUCCACAUCGUGGCCAUCGGCCAAUUUAAAGCAGCUAGGACGAAGUAAGCCGACCAGAGUCCCUCCAGAUCCCGAGACGGACAGCAAACAUUCAUGGUUGAGCGUCCCCAAACCCUUGGCUACCUCAUGCGAAAGCGUCCCACGGUCCAGUUCUGGAGAGUCCAGCCAUAAAUAUGCCUCCAGGACCUCUCUAGCAAAAGAAGAAGGCGAGCAAGAGAUCCACUUCUCCCUCAGCCUGACCCCCGAAGCCAUCCUGGUCAUCCAAAAGCGCAACCUGGAAAAGCAGAUGAUGGCCAAGCAACAGAAGUGCUGCGCGUCCGCGGACUUAAGACACCGGCGGGUUUUCCCAUCCAAGAGAGCUCAGGGCAGCUCUAACAAUAAGAGCUCCGGACCUGUUGCCAAACUGGACAGUUCCAAUGACAUUAGCACCAUUGUGAAGAUCUCCCUCCUCAAUGAUCAGUACAAAUAUGAUGAUGUUGAGUAUGAGGAGGAGGAUGGAGACGUGGACGAGACUGUCAUGAGGAAAUGUAAAGAGUGGCUCAAAGGUGUGGAAAGUGCUGCUGCUUUUGGGAAAGUUGAUAAACUGUCAUCUUUGCCUCAUCUUAAAAGUUGAUGACCUCAGCUACUUCAUUCCACUGUGAAGACUACAGUCCAUGAGUUGUGUCAAACACAAAAGUCACCUAAUUUGCUUUUAGAAAUAAUGUUCUCUAAGGGUCAUUCACAGAGGACACGUUCUCGCGUUGAAAAACAGCAGGACGGAGCGCAAUGGUAUUGAAGAGACGCGUUUUGUAAAAGUUGAACUAGUAUUAAUUGCAAGGCUCAUGACCGUUUGACGCAUGUGUACAUAGAGCAACAAUUAAAAACAGCGCAAAGAGAACGAAGGUAGGCGCGCGCACGGGGCGCCUUCUUGCUAAAAAAAAAAAAAAAAAAAAGCGCAACAAUGGACUAUUUUUAACGUGACUGGGCCUGGGUGUCUUAAAAUUUGGCACAUAUGGAAGUCGCUGAAAAAAAAAUCAAAUGCGUUGCAAUGUUUACAUAGACCAAAAAUUAAAAUGGAGAAGGUGUAAUGCAAAAAGGCGUCAGGACACGUACUUGGGUUCAUAUAGCCUACGCUCCACUAAAUUAUUGGAAUGGAACAGAAUGCAUAGGCCUUUUUUAUUUUCAACUCCACUUAAACGUGAUUGCGCAAAAACGUCCAUAUGACGCAGUGCACAUAAAGCAACAAUAAACAGCGCAGAAUGAACGCAAGAACGCGUCCUACACACAGACACACACGCACGCAGCUUUCUUAAUGGACUGACGGGAAUGUUUUCUGCAUUGAAAUGUACAGUAUUGCUGAUCACUCAGAGAAUUUUUGCAGGUUACCUUUACACAUUGACUGGAAAACAGUAGUGUUUUUUGCACAUUGCUAUUGUUUUCACUUUGAUGGGCUGAAUGACAGAUGCUUGAUUUAAACUGUGGAAAUAAUGUGGACAAUUAAUGGGGAAAAUGAAGCGAAUGACGACCAGUGAAAUGCAUCCAGAGGCCACGGUCCUUCCUUUGUGCCAGAAAACAAUAGCUGUCAAAGGCGACACUGUCUGGGAGCCUUAGAAGAGACACCUAAUAUCUGAGACUUGUUCAAGUAUGUGUGUAAUAUGAACUGAAGGACUGUUUGAUCGACGAACCAGCCGUGUACAGUAUUUAUUUUGCAAUGUGUUUAUAUGCCAUGUGUUGUUCCAAGUCAUUUUUAAAGGUUCUGAUAAUAAAAUCGAAAAGACA